AGCGCCCCCGCGCCAUGGAGGGAUUCCCCGCCCGCGGGUACGGCACCGGCGGCGCGGACAACCGGCCGCUCUUCGGGGAGACCUCGGCCAGGGACAGAAUCAUCAAUCUAGUUGUUGGUGGCUUAACAACCUUGCUGCUUGUAGUCACUCUAAUCAGUGCUUUUGUCUUCCCGCAACUACCUCCAAAACCUGUGAAUGUAUUUUUUGCUUUCUGCAUCUCCUUGUGUUGCAUUUCUGCUGGCAUUCUUAUCUACUGGUAUCGACAAGGAGACCUGGAACCCAAAUUUAGAAAUCUGAUUUACUACAUCUUGUUUUCUAUUGUCAUGUUAUGUAUAUGUGCCAACCUGUACUUCCAUGAAGUGGGUAAAUGAAGGACACUGGGAAUACCCA